GACCUUAACCCGCCGAACGUCUCCUUGCCCUCAACACCCAAUUGCUUUGUCUAUCCGGCGAUAUACCCCCCGAAUACACUCUUUCCCGACUCAAUUGAGGCCUUCGAAAUACCGCACAUCCAGGUUGUAGCCAUGUCCAAGCCAGUAUUCUGGUCCACACCCCUCCGCUACAUGCGCUGGGCAGCGAACGAGAGACCGGCUAUCUUCUACUCCAUCUUGAUGGGCUCAUUGGGUCCCGUCGCAUUAGUUGCUUUACCUCCAAUUAGACGAUACUUUGGAGACGUUGAUCCUGCUCCCGUGCCCAUGAGUUAUCCGAUUCCCCCCGGCCCGAGAAAGAUACCACAAGGUUACGACGACGAGUAACCGAAGCCUCAUUGUACAUUCCCCGCCGACCUUCCAAAAAAAAUAAAAUAAAAUAAAAUAAAAUAAAAUUACGAUCACACUGGAGCUGCUACUGUAAGCUCUGUCUCUCAAAUCUCGCAGUUACGGAAUCCUACCCAAUUAUCGCUCAUUCCGCUACGACAAUCCCUUAAUCCUUUCAGGGCCUUAAAAUGCGCUACACCUUCGAUACCACGAGCGCAAGGUGUGGUGUAUCAUUUCUUACAGACCUGGAAACAGGAAGAAACGGAAAAAGGGGGAAUAAAAAGAGAAUAAAAUGCCCGCAGAGGAGUUUGAUUCUUUUUUUUUUUUUUUUUUUUUUUUUUGGAAGCCCUCUCUUGCCUUUCCCUUUAUGUUGUAUCGCAUGUAUGUACAUAAAUGCAUAACUGUUUCCUCUUUAUUUUUAUAUCUAUAGAGUUUAGCGAAAUGUUCGACGACGCCAUUCUCGCGCGCGGCGAUGGCGAAAUUUA